AUGGCUUCGCGAACAUCCCGCCGCGUUGCUGCGCGGCGGCAGGCGGUCAUUGACUCGGACGACGAGAUGGCCGAUGCGCCUCAGCAGAUUGCUGAGGAGAGCGAAGACGAUUUUACUCCAGCGCCGGUGCGCAGCCCUCGAAAAUCUACAGCAGGAAGGCGAAAGACUUCAUCCGAGACCACAGCGGCCCCCGCCUCGCGACGAGCUGGUCGACCACGAAAGAGCGUCGCAAGCGCGAGUGUAGAGCCAAGCGAGAACAUAGAUCCUGACGAGACCACGAUGACCGCGCUGGUCGACCCGGAAGAACCAGUCAAGAAGGCCUCUCCGCGAAAGCGGAAGAGCGUCGCGCCUCGAGCGACAAAGGCGUCAACGCCAGAGUUGGAGCCUCCUGCCAUGCCGACACCGCAGCCCUCCAUGUCUCCAGAACCAUCGGAGUUACAAGCCACUCCACUGGCAGAUAUCACAACCGCAAGCAUCAAUGAACAGCGGAGGCCAAUCGAAGAUACCCUGCUUGCCGUAAAGCCGAUCAAGGCUAUGGACACGAUCCUCGAGAAGCCAAUGGACAUUGUCCUCAAGUCGCGUACCAUGACCGUUCCGAUCAUUGAGGAUGCGACACCAAAGGCGCGAACUGUCAUCAAAUACCUCAUCCUGACAAACUUCAAGAGUUACGCCGGAAAGCAAGAAGUCGGCCCAUUCCAUGCGUCUUUCUCCUCAGUUGUCGGCCCCAACGGUUCUGGAAAGUCCAAUGUCAUUGACUCUCUGCUCUUCGUGUUCGGCUUCCGCGCGAGCAAGAUGCGACAAGGCAAGCUCUCUGCGCUCAUUCACAACUCCGCCCAGUACCCGGACUUGGAAUUUUGCGAGGUUGCUGUUCACUUCCAAGAAGUGAUGGACCAGCCCGGUGGUGGUCAUACCGUGAUCCCCGAAUCAGAUUUAGUCAUCUCACGAAAGGCGUUCAAGAACAACUCGAGCACCUACUACAUAAAUGGCAAGACAUCAAAUUUCACUACUGUAACAACCUUGCUCCGCGACCGCGGCGUUGACCUCGACCAUAAGCGAUUCCUGAUCCUUCAAGGCGAGGUCGAGUCUAUUGCGCAGAUGAAACCAAAGGCCGCUAAUGAACAUGAGGAUGGUCUGCUGGAGUAUUUGGAGGACAUUAUUGGCACUUCCAAAUACAAGACACCAAUCGAGGAAUCCGCCACCGAAGUCGAGACUCUCAACGAAAUAUGUAUGGAGAAGAGCGGCCGUGUCCAGCACGUCGAGAAGGAGAAGAACAGCCUAGAAGACAAGAAAGAAAAGGCCCUCGCUUACAUUCGCGAUGAGAAUGAGCUGGCUAUGAAGCAGUCAGCUUUGUACCAGCUCUACAUCUCCGAGUGCAGUGACAACCUCGCUGUGACCGAAGAGGCCAUCGGACAGAUGCAGAGCCAGCUUGACGAGGAACUUGAAAAACACAACGGCAGCGAGCAAGUCAUCAAACAGCUGCAAAAGACAUACUCCAAGAGCAGCAAGGAGUACGAGGCUCAAGAUAAGGAGACUCAAGCUCUUAUCAAGGAAGUCGCCAAAUUCGACCAGGAACGUGUCAAGUUUGAGGAGAAGCGGAAGUUUUUGUCAGACAAGCGUAAGAAGCUCGAGAAGACGAUUACCAAUGCUGAGAAGACCGCCACUGAGGCCGAUGAGACCAUUGAGCAGUGUGGCCUGGACAUUGAAAGCCGGUCGCAAGAGAUCUCUUCUCUUGAGCAACAGGUCAAGGACGAGGAGGCCGAACUCGCCACCAUUCGAGACGGCUUGAAAGGCAAAACUCAAGCCUUCUCUGACCAGAUCUCGGCCAAGCAAAAGUCACUUGAACCAUGGCAAGAGAAGAUCAACCAGAAGCAAUCAGCUAUCGCCGUCGCCGAGAGUGAGCUGACCAUCCUUCGCGAGAAGGCCAAUGCUGGCGCCGUUGCCCUUGAGGAAACGGAGGCCAAGAUAUCGACCAUUGAGGAGACUCGUGUUGCCAAGGCGCAGGAGCUCAAGGACUGCCAGAAAGAAAAGGCGACUCUUGAGAAAGAGGCUCAAGAGGUUGAGUCAGAACUUCAAGAACUCGCUCAGCAGGAGCCUAAGAUCCGCUCCAAGGUGUCAAACGCUAGACAAAAGGCUGACGAAGCGCGCUCAAGCCUCUCUGCAAACCAGACCCGAGGGAAUGUCCUGACGGCUCUAAUGCGGAUGAAGGAGUCUGGUCGUAUCGAAGGUUUCCACGGACGCCUAGGAAACCUCGGUACUAUUGACCAAAAGUAUGAUGUCGCCAUCUCGACCGCUUGUGGGGCACUCGACAAUUUCGUCACCGACACAGUUGAGGCUGGUCAGCAGUGCAUUGAGUAUCUCCGCAAGACCAACAUGGGAAGAGGCAACUUCAUCUGCUUGGACAAAUUGCGAGUACGCGACAUGGCACCCAUUCAAACACCAGAGAAUGCUCCUCGUCUGUUCGACCUCGUCAAGUCAAAGGAGGAUAAGUUCCGGCCAGCUUUCUACCACGCCCUACAGGAUACCCUCGUGGCAAAGGAUUUAGCUCAGGCAAAUCGCAUUGCUUACGGUGCCAAGAGAUGGAGAGUCGUCACACUCGAUGGCGAGCUGAUCGACAAGUCUGGUACCAUGUCUGGUGGUGGCAGCACUGUCAAAAAGGGGCUAAUGUCCUCGAAGCUCGUGGCCGACACUAGCAAGGAACAGGUCAAUAAGCUUGAGGGUGAUCGUGAUGCUCUUGAGCAGAAGUUGCAGGAGUUCCAGGAAUAUCAACGCGAGCUGGAAACACGCCUCCGCGUGCUCAAGGAUAAGAUCCCACAGCUCGACACCAAGAUGCAGAAGAUCAACCUCGAGAUCGAAAGCUCAGCCAAGAACCUCGCUGACGCUCAGCGUCGCAUCAAGGAGCUUAGCAAGGAGCAUCAGCCAUCCAAGACCGAUGACAAUCGCGUCGCGGCUUUGGAAAAGGAAAUCGCCAAGCUGAACAAGGAGGUUGAGAAGCUCCACGGCGAGACUGCCAAUGUCGAGGACGAGAUCAAGGCUCUCCAAGACAAGAUUAUGGAAGUCGGUGGUGAGAAGCUUCGAGCUCAAAGAGCCAAGGUCGACUCCUUAAAGGAGGAGAUCAAGUCACAAAACGAGGAGAUCUCCACCGCGGAGGUCAAGAAAGUCAAGGCCGAGAAGCAAAAGGUCAAGCUGGAGAAGGAUCAUACAAAGGCGACAAAGGACCUCAACGCUGCCGCUCGAGAACUCGAAAAGCUAGAGGAAGAGAUCCAAAACCAGGGUGACAAGGCAGAGUCCUUUGCUACCCAGGUUGAGGAGGCUCAAGCUAGCCUGGAGGUCAAGAAGCAAGAACUCGCCGAACUCAAAGCCGAGCUUGACGAAAAGACAUCUGAGCUGAAUGCUACUCGAGCUGUCGAGAUUGAGAUGCGCAACAAACUCGAGGAGAAUCAGAAGGUGCUUGUGGAGAACCAAAAGCGUCUUCGGUACUGGGAGGAGAAGCUAGCCAAGCUCUCCCUCCAGGACAUCAAUGAUCUCGAAGCAAGCACAGCUCCUAAACCAAGCAACGAAGAGAAGCCGGAGGGCGAGAACUCGAGCGAGGAUGUCUCCAACCAAGAAGAACCCGACGCUCCAGAGCCCAUGGAGGAGGAAGAUGUGGCAGAAACUACGGUCGUCAGAGACCGCAAGGCACAAAUGCAACUUCCUACCUACAGCAAGGAUGAGCUUGCCGACAUGAACAAGGAGACGCUCAAGGGUGAGAUCGCCGCUCUUGAAGAGAAGACUCAGAACGUCAAUGUCGACCUUGGCGUUCUUGCCGAGUACCGUCGCCGAGUCGAGGAGCAUGCUGCUAGGUCUUCUGAUCUUCAGACAGCUGUGACCCAGCGUGAUGCUGCCAAGAAGCGUUGUGAUGACCUUCGCCGCCUGCGGCUUGAGGGCUUCAUGGAAGGGUUCAGCACUAUCUCUCUACGCCUGAAGGAGAUGUAUCAGAUGAUUACGAUGGGCGGUAAUGCAGAGCUGGAGCUCGUUGACUCUCUAGAUCCUUUCUCUGAGGGUAUCCUGUUCAGCGUCAUGCCGCCAAAGAAGUCAUGGAAGAACAUCAGCAACCUUUCUGGUGGUGAGAAGACUCUAAGUAGUUUGGCGCUCGUGUUCGCCCUCCAUCACUACAAGCCGACACCUUUGUAUGUCAUGGACGAGAUUGAUGCUGCGUUGGAUUUCCGAAAUGUCUCAAUUGUAGCCAAUUACAUUAAGGAGAGGACAAAGAAUGCCCAGUUCAUUGUCAUCUCACUUCGAAACAACAUGUUCGAGUUGGCUGCUAGACUGGUGGGUGUGUACAAGGUCAACCACAUGACGAAGAGCGUCACGAUUGAGAACCAGGACUACAUAGUCAGGAGAGGUCAGCAGCAACAGCAGCAGCAAGCCGGUCACACUACACAGCUCCCACUGCGAUGA